AUGGAUUCAUUUUCAAGAGUUUAUAAACAACGAAAUAAGAGUAAUAGAUCAAUAAGGUCAUCAGAUAGUAGACAUUCAAGAAGUUCUAGUAGGAAAAGAUUAUCACCAAAUAAAAUUAAAAAUGAUUCAUGUAAUAAUUUUGAUUUAGUCGAUAAAGAAACAAAUUUUAAUCCAUAUUCAUUAACAGAAAGAUUAAUAAAUAAUUACACAUUAACAUCAUUUAAUCAACCACAUUCUUCUAAUUUAACAGAGACAAGUUUAGUUAAUUCAUUACACUUAAAAGAAACAAGUCCCAAAACAACACCUUCAGCAAAUAAUAAUGAUGAUGACAAUGAAGAAGAAGAAGUUAAUUCAUCAUCUUCUUAUUUAUAUUCUGAUUUAGCAAUAACAAAACCAACUACUCAAGAAUAUACUUCUGGAAAGUAUUUACUCGGUGACGAUUUUGAAGAUAAUGAAAAUGAACGUAUAAGUGUAUCACAAGUUCCUUCAACAGAACAAUCAUCUUCAUAUAAUUUGGUUUUAUCUGCACCUCCAUUAAGAAGAAAUAAUCAACAAGAUAAUAGUAAUGAUGAUUUUUUAGAAAUACAAGGUGAAUAUAUACCGGGAUUAAAUUAUAUUGAUAUCUUAGAUAAAUGGCAAAAACAAGAUCAAUCUGAUAAUGAUUAUCGAAAACAAGUCCAAAAUACAAGAUUUGGAUCAACUACAGGUAGUAAUUCAAAUUCUUAUAAGAAUAGUUCUUAUAGUUCUUUAUUCAAGAAAAUGCAUAAACAAAAUAAAAAUUCUUCAUUAGCAUUAACAAAAUUUCCAACUUGGGAAAGUGCUGAUGAAGAUAAUGAGAUUAACUCAUAUACUAAUAAUGACGCAUAUGGGUUUGAUUCAGCUGCAGCAAAAAGUACAGGAAUUACUAUUCCUGUGGAUUCAAAUACUAACAUUUAUCGCUCUAAUCAUGCUAAAGUUGAACCCAUUCCUUUACCAAGUUUACGAACAUUGAUGACACCCCCAUCAGAAUUAGAAAUGAAAAGAAGAAUAUCGUAUCCACUAAUGUUUAGUAAUAAUAAUAACGAUAUCACAACUAACAACAACAAUAAUAAUAAUAGUCUCAUUGAAAGUCCACAACUAACUAAUAGACUACCAUUUUCAUCUUUAAAAUUGCGCACUUUGCCUAGUAGCUCUGCAUUAACAAACCAACUUUCCUCCCUAAGAAGAAGGGGUUCAUUACAAUUACCAGGACAACAACUACCACAACAUAGAGCUUCCAUUGAUCAAUCUUCCGUUUCUUCUUCGCUCACAAACAUACCAAGAUCGUUUGAUAAUGUUCCAUCUUUGAAAAGAGAGACCAUUAUGGAAAUAAUUGACCUAUUACCAGAUGACUUCAUUUCACAACCAUAUUCCCAGAGGAAAAAAAUGAUACUGAAAUUAUUACCUCCUGAACAAAUAGAUAAUUAUAAAGUCAUAAUGUCUUUAAUUAAGAAACGUAUGUUGUCAUCUUCGAGAAGUAAUAUAUCAUUAGUUAAUAGUAAUGUUCCAAAUAAUAGUUCUAACGGUGAUAAUAAUGGCAUAUCCCAAACAAAUGAUGCACCAAUUGACUGUAGUAAUAAUAAUUAUGGUACUUCUCACCAAACCCAUCAUCAUGUAAGACACAAUUCCAUAGCAUCACAAUAUUUGAGUACAUUCUCACCAAGUUUCGUAUCUUCUUCCAAUUUUAUGCCAGGUGAAGGUACACCAUAUGAUACACAUUUGGGAAAUUGUGUAAGUACAACAACUUUGCCGGUGAAACCUGAAGAAAAAGGUGGCCAAAUAUUCAAUCAUACAAUGGGUAAAAUAAUAGGAUUUGGGGCAUGGGGUACUAUUCGUGAAUGCAUCAAUAACGCAACGGGACAAUCAAGAGCAAUUAAGAUUGUUAGAUUUAAAAAUAAUGAUAAAAUGAAAAAUCAAGUAGAAAGAGAAGUCUCCAAUUGGAAAAAACUGAACCAUCCCUAUAUCCUGCCAUUACUCGAAUCUAAAAUCGAUGACGAAGGAACCAUGUAUUCUUUAACUAAAAAAAUUGAUGAUGGUACAUUGUAUGAUUUAGUGAUAUCAUGGGAUGCCAUUACUAAUACAAAGAUACCGUGCAAGAAACGUUGUAGAUACACAGUGGAUUUGGCUCGGGAAGUUAUUGAUGCCCUUCAAUACAUGCAUUCAUUGAACAUAGUUCAUGGAGAUGUAAAGCUAGAAAAUUGUCUUCUAGAAGAUAGUAAGAGUGAGAAACAUAGAUGGAACCUAUAUGUUUGUGAUUUUGGAAUGAGCCAUGAUAUAUUACAUGAUAAUCCAAAUAAAGGCAAUUCGUCACCAUCAAAUAUUGGGUCUUUGCCAUAUGCCUCGCCGGAAUUACUAACUGAUAACAGUAUCAGUUACAAAUCUGAUGUUUGGGCAUUUGGUGUCAUGCUGUACACCAUGUUAUUGGGAAAAUUACCUUUCAAGCAUGGAAGUGAGUCAAAAUUAAGGGAGUUGAUUAAAUCAGGACAUUUUGAUAUUGAGGCUCUUCAUUUCCUGGACAAUUACGAGCAUUAUAAACCGCUAAAGGAUAUCAUAUGUGGUUGCUUAGAGGUAGAUCUAUCAAAAAGAUGGGAUUUAUCGAAGAUUGGUAGCAUCUUGAAGGACCUGUGA